AUGUUGUUAAGAUUUGAAUCCAAAUGGGGACAGUUCCGGCUGAACGUCGAACCCGACCAAAAGUUCUCCUCUUUAAGCAGCCAGAUCUUGGACCACCUGCCUCCAAAUACCGAUGCCUCCUCUAUCACUCUGAGCAAUAAGCCCAUUAGCUCUAAGCCAGACCCUGAACGUGAGCGUCGCCUGGUCGAUCUGCCUGGGGUGGAGCUGCGGCAAGUUGGUCUUAAACAUGGCGACAAGCUGUAUCUUGGUUUCUCGGAAGCACAAACCCUCUCCAACGGGCACACAAACGGCGACCACCCCCCGGCGCCUCGACGGUUGAACGGAACCAUCGCACUGCCCAACGCAAACGAGCCCGUUAUUGCUCCCACAGUUACGGCGCCAACGUCAAUACGAAAUCCUUGGGAAGUGGUUAAACAAUCCACGCUUGAUGAUCGGUUGGACAAGGCUGACGGGAAGAUACCACGACCCAGAGAUGCCAGGAUGUGUCGACAUGGCCCCAAGGGCAUGUGUGAUCAUUGCCAGCCAUGGGAGCCCUAUGACAAGAAGUAUCUGGAGGAGAAAAAGAUCAAGCACCUCUCCUUCCACGCCUACCUGCGUAAGAUCAACUCUGCUACCAACAAGCCAGAACUCAAAAGCUCCUAUAUGCCGCCCCUCUCAGAACCAUACUACCGCGUGAAAAAGGAUUGUCCAUCGGGUCAUCCACCGUGGCCGGAGGGAAUCUGUACCAAGUGUCAGCCUAGUGCCAUCACGCUCCAGCCCCAAGAGUUCCGAAUGGUGGAUCACGUGGAAUUCGCAUCCGCAGACAUGGUGGACAAAUUGAUCGAUUACUGGCGGAAGUCUGGCAGCCAGCGGCUUGGUUUUCUAUACGGCCGAUAUGAAGAAUACACCGAGGUACCGCUUGGUGUCAAAGCAGUAGUGGAAGCCAUCUAUGAACCGCCCCAAAUGUGUGAGGUUGAUGGCCUCACGUUGUUAGACUGGGACAAUGAAAAGGACGUGGAUGAAGUGGCGAGUUUGUGUGGACUCGAACGCGUUGGCGUGAUUUUCACGGACCUGCUGUCUCCCGAAGAUGGCGAAGGGCAGGCUGUUUGCAAGCGACACAUCGACUCCUACUUUCUCUCCUCCUUGGAGAUUGUGUUUGCCGCACGUCUCCAGGCCAAAUACCCUAAACCUUCGAAGUGGAGCGACACUGGCAGGUUCGGCUCCAACUUCGUCACAUGUGUCGUUACUGGCGAUGAGGACCAGAGCAUAACCAUCAACGCCUAUCAAACGUCUAACGCAGCGGUCGAAAUGGUGCGAGCAGACAUUGUUGAGCCCUCGGCGGAUCCCUCUUUGAUGCUUGUCCAGUCUGAAGAAGAUGAGGUCGAUGGCAGGAGGACUCGAUACAUUCCAGAAGUAUUUUAUCGCCGAAUCAACGAAUACGGUGCCAAUGUGCAAGAGAAUGCAAAGCCGGCAUUUCCAGUGGAGUAUUUAUUGGUGUCGCUGACUGCUGGCAUGCCUAUAACACCAAAUCCGCUUUUCAAAGCCAACAAAUUCCCCGUUGAAAAUCGAGAAGCUGUGGCAGAAGGGCAAGAUCCUCGAGAUGUUGCCAAACAACUCCGUUCAUCCUCGUCUGUCGACGCCGUCUCCGACUUCCACUUGCUCUGCUUCCUCCACGGCAUGGAGGUGUUUGGCAAGGAUGAGGAAGUGCUGCUCUGCAACGUGGCAACGAAGCGUGAUCAGGUCGACGCCAUCCACCUGACCGAAUCUUCCGGCUGGAGUACCCUGAUGGCAAUACUCGAAUCAUAUGGUGAGCGGCCCUUGAAGCGCCCGUGGGCCUUGGACUCGGAGGAAGACUACAGCCCCGGGAGUCCGUCAGAAAACCUGGCUAAGCGAUUCAAACAGGCGGCUAGCCUCGAGCGCUAG